AGAAUAUAUUUCAGUACAAUGGCUCUGCUGUUGUUGCAAUGGCAGGAGAAAAUUGUGUUGCGAUUGCUUCGGAUCUGCGCUUUGGAGUUCAGCUACAAACAAUUAGCACCGAUUUUCCUAAAGUUCACCAGCUAGGACCUCGAUUGUUUGUUGGUUUUGCUGGACUGAUGACGGACAACGAGACAGUGUACGCUUGCGAACAAAGUGUGAUUUUUUUAAACAGUUUUCAGCGUCUUCAGUUUCGAAAAAACGUUUAUGAAUUACGGGAAAACAAGUCGAUCAGACCGAAGACGCUAGCAACCAUACUUGCCAAUUUACUUUACGAACGAAGGUAACUUGUGAGUCACAUAACACGCCAGGUUUGGAUCAUAUUUUGUUGAGCCUGUUGUAGCUGGCUUAGAUCAUAUCACUGGCACACCGUACAUCGCUUCAACGGACAAUAUAGGGUGUAUUAGCGAGCCCGAAGAUUUUGUUGUUGCUGGAACCUCCACCGAACAGUUGUAUGGAAUGUGCGAAACCCUGUGGCAAAAGAAGAUGAAACCCGCAGAACUUUUUGAAUGCAUAUCGCAAUGCAUCUUGAAUGCGGUUGAUCGCGAUUGUUUGGCUGGUUGGGGAGCACGAGUCUAUCUCAUAACAGAAGUCCGUUGUGGUGGCUAUUCCCAACCUGGUAUGAGAGCCUUCGUGAGUAUCGCGGGGGCACACCCUAGUAUAGCUCAGUGGGUCGAUGAAGUGCGCAAACUGUCACGCCACGGUAAAUUCCAGUCUCUCCACAGUGGGGAAGAAGUUGACGCCGCUAACUGCAUUUCGUGCCCCUUUUUUCACUUGUGUCUUUCAGGUGAACGACAGCCACUGAUCGACAAGAACAAAAGCGACCCGGGAAACUUGGGCAAAAGCCUCGAUCCUGUGUAUCAGUCCGUGAAUCCGUGGAUCCUUGCCAAUAAACUUAACUGCGAGCUUGGUAUUCCAAUGAAACUUAAGAAAACCAUUUAUUGUCGACUUCACGAACUGCCCGAGCAUACGCUCGAGAUAUUUCUGCUGCGUACAUUUGAGCAGUAUGGACCCAUUAAAGACGUGACGAUGAUGCCCCAGCGCGGUCAAGCCCUAAUCGAAUUUGCGGAUAUUAGCUCGGCCGAAAGUGCUGUUGUCAGGUGUUCCGAAAUUCCCUUGACAAUCGCCAACCAUCGUGUUCGGGUCAACUAUAGCACCUCCAAGCGCAUUGUCCAGCGCCAGCUUGGAGGUGAGUCUGGUCGAGACUACUCAGAUGGUCCCUUGGAAAGUCGAGUUCUACUGUUCACAAUCUACAACGCACAAUAUCCAAUCACUGUGGAUGUGAUUCACCAGAUAACUUCACGCCAUGGACGUGUGUUGAGAAUUGUCAUUUUUCGGAAAACUCAUGUCCAGGCUAUGGUUGAAUUUAAAAACACAGAUGAUGCCCGUAACGCCAAAAGAAAUCUAAACGGGGCGGACAUCUAUUCUGGAUGUUGUACUCUGAAAAUCGAGUUUGCUCGACCCGCACGGUUGACUGUGCUCAAAAACGACCAGGAAACAUGGGACUACGAGAAUUCCCUCUUACCCACAGAUCCCGGCCGAAUUCGUAUCAGCGAUGGUCGUGCGAAUGUCUCACUUUUGGGUCGAUUCGGACGUUCUCACGAUAGACACGAAGGGGGGAGUCGUUCACAAAACGGAGACGCUGGUGGAUACAGCUUUCAUGACAGUUUUGCCAGGCAUAGUGGCGCACUGUCCUUGGGUGCUCCAGGCAGCACACUAUUUGAUCAGCUGGCUUUGUCCGUUCACCCAUCGCUCGCGGCGGCAGCGGCGGCUGAGACUGUUCUGCACGGCCGGUCAGCAACGCCAGUCGUGAUGGUAUACAACAUGGAUAUGGAUAAAAUGAAUUGCGAUAGGUUAUUCAAUCUACUCUGCUUGUACGGGAAUGUUAUACGUGUGAAGUUUUUGCGUUCAAAAGAGGGCUCAGCUAUGGCUCAGAUGGGAGACACACUCAGCGUGGAUCGUGUCAUUCGAAAUCUCUCCGAUGUACCUCUGCUUGGCAACCAACUUCAGGAAGAGUGCCUCCUAACAUCUCCUCUUUGA